AUGGGAAAGAUCACCUUCUAUGAGGACCGAGGCUUCCAGGGCCGCUGCUAUGAGUGCAGCAGCGACUGUCCCAACCUGCAGACCUACUUCAGCCGCUGCAACUCCAUCCGCGUGGACAGUGGCUGUUGGAUGCUGUAUGAGCGCCCCAACUACCAGGGCCACCAGUACUUCCUGAGGCGCGGGGACUACCCUGACUACCAGCAGUGGAUGGGGCUCAGUGACUCCAUUCGUUCCUGCCACCUCAUCCCCCAACACUCCGGCACUUAUAGAAUGAGGAUCUAUGAGAGAGAUGACUUCAGAGGACAAAUGUCAGAGAUCACAGAAGAUUGCGUCUCUCUUCAGGACCGCUUCCACCUCAAUGAGAUCCACUCCCUCAAUGUGCUGGAGGGCUGCUGGGUCCUUUACGAGAUGCCCAGCUACAGGGGAAGGCAGUACCUGCUGAGACCCCAAGAAUACAGAAGAUACCUUGAUUGGGGGGCUGUGAAUGCCAAAGCUGGUUCUUUUAGGCGAGUCAUGGAUUUUUACUGAAUAUUUACUUUCUCCACUUUUCUCCUUUAGAAUCCAAUAAAAUAUUUAGUUUGGAUUUCUGGCA